UUACUCAUGAGUAUAGGACCUCCAAUACGGAGGCCCAUAAUCUCGCAAAGCAUGCGUUAUCUUUAGGGUUUGGCCGACACACUUGGCUAGGACAACCCGGCGAUCUUCUUUUUGUACCUAUGAACAUUAUGAUUCAGUAAUAAAGCUUUGUGAGAUUCUCAAAAAAAAAAAAAACUACAGUAAGAGCAUGAAAGAAACUGUCGCACUGCUGAACCGCACCUUGUCACUUUCAUCGAACACGACCUGUGCCCAAGAUGACGGUGCUGCGGUCUAAGUGAGGCUGAAUUGCCUUGGACAGAAGCGGACUCCCUACAAUUAGUUAGGCCAAACGGUGCAUCCAUGUGUAGCUCCGGGCUCGGGCUGUAUCGCCAUCUGCAAUAGCAUCCAUGGAGCUCGUUCCACGUAGUUGGAGAUGAACCAAUGAUCGGGCGUGUGGACGUAUGUUCCUGUGUACUCCGAUAGUAGAGUACGUGUUAGCUCUUUCAUGGUGCAAGUGAAAUUUGUGUUGGUUUAAUUACCCCUACGUUAGUUGCGGGACAGGAGACACAUCAUGAAUUUAAAGGCGAUGAUGUCCUCUCCUGUAAUGUUAUUCUUUUGAUGUGAUGAAUCAAAAUGUCAUAUAAAACAUUUGUUGCUCUUUAGUUAGGCCUGAUCGUAGAACGAAAUGCUCGUGUAGCGGGGCUACGAGCCUAUGACGCAAUAACACUGGUUUGCCGGCCCGGAGUCGCUUGACAAAAAAAAGCAUGUUAAGUUUAUUUACAAUUCAAAACCUAACAUAUUAUAUUCCCUCAAAGCAGGUUCACGAUCACACCUGUACCUAAAAAAAAUGAUGAAGAAUAUAUUACUCCAUUAUUAUGAGAUGAACCACUUGGCAAGAGUGGUAAGCUAUAUAAAAAAAUGAACAUUAUUACGAGAUGUUAUAUGCCAUUAUAUUGAUUCGAAGAUAUAUGUUUCUUUCUCCCACGGGCACCUAACGGAUACAUGAUAAGGCCAAGGCAGAUCACGGGAAAUUAUUGGAAUACAUGUUACGCCCUAUUGCCGGAAAAAAAAUGCAGGGCAGGUGUUGGCCGUAGCGAUUUAAGCACUUAAGCUGGAGGUUGCCACACUUGGAUGCAAGCGUCUGACCCUUCUAAAAAAUCGGCGGCUUUGUCCGUAUCCGUAUCCCCUAUCCAACAUCUAGCUGGCCACACGACGGGGCUGGGCAGAUCGUGGAUGCCGGGUCGACGUCGAUCGUCAGCCAUCAUAGACCAAUCGACCAUCUGUUAUGGAUGCUUGCUAGCUAGACUAAUCAGACAUAAAAUUUGGAUACUUUCUCCCAACUGGGAGACGGGGACUGAUGUGCAGCUGCACGUGAGCUAAAUUUUUCCCUAUAAAUAUGCAUGAAAUACUGCAUUAUCUUGCCACAGCCACUGCCACAGCCAGAUAACAAGUGCAGCUGGUAGCACGCAACGCAUAGCUCUGGACUUGUAGCUAGGUAGCCAACCAUGGCCAUGGGUUCUGCCUCUUGCAUUUCUCUGGUGGUGCUCGUGGCUCUGGCCACGGCGGCGUCCGGGCAGCUGUCGUCGACGUUCUACGACACGUCGUGCCCCAGGGCUCUGGCCGCCAUCAAGAGCGGCGUGGCGGCCGCCGUGAGCAGCGAUCCCCGCAUGGGCGCGUCCCUGCUCAGGCUGCACUUCCACGACUGCUUUGUCCAAGGCUGUGACGCAUCUGUUCUUCUGACUGGCAUGGAACAAAACGCGGGUCCGAACGUGGGGUCGCUGAGGGGCUUCGGCGUCAUCGACAACAUCAAGACCCAGCUGGAGAGUAUAUGCAAGCAGACCGUCUCCUGCGCCGACAUCCUCACCGUCGCCGCCCGCGACUCCGUUGUCGCCCUUGGAGGGCCAUCGUGGACUGUCCCGCUGGGGAGACGGGAUUCCACCACCGCAAGUGCCUCGCUGGCGAACAGUGACCUCCCUGGCCCGAGCUCUAGCCGGUCACAGCUCGAGGCCGCGUUCCUCAAGAAGAACCUUAACACGGUCGACAUGGUCGCGCUCUCAGGCGCGCACACCAUCGGGAAGGCCCAGUGCUCCAACUUCCGGACUCGGAUCUAUGGCGGUGACACCAACAUCAACACUGCCUUCGCGACGUCUCUCAAGGCCAACUGCCCCCAGUCCGGCGGCAACACCAACCUGGCGAACCUGGACACGAUGACGCCCAAUGCGUUCGACAAUGCCUACUACACCAACCUCCUGUCACAGAAAGGGCUCCUGCACUCGGACCAGGUGCUCUUCAACAACGACACCACCGACAACACUGUCCGCAACUUUGCGUCCAACGCGGCGGCCUUCAGCAGCGCCUUCACGACGGCCAUGAUCAAGAUGGGAAACAUCGCGCCGCUCACCGGGACGCAGGGCCAGAUCAGGCUCAGCUGCUCCAAGGUGAACUCGUGAUUGACCUACGGCUACACGUCGGCAGCUCGCCAGAACGAUACGUCGACGAAUAAGCCCCAGAAGCAGUGGCCAGUACCGAUUAUCAUACCAGCACUUGAAACAUGUAUUUCAAAUUCAAAGUAUGUGCAGCAGCGAAUCAUGCAUGCAUCUACAAUUCUACAUAUGUGACGACGGUUGAAUCCUCAAUUUCUAAUGCAAAGGCAAGGUGAAUUACUAUCAA